AUGUCUUAUAGCUCCGGCUACCUGGCAAAUGCUUCUGUUCUGGCCUUUAUCAUCUUGCUCUAUGCUGCAGGCCUCGUCUUCUACCGACUUUGUCUCAGUCCAUUGGCAAAAUUCCCUGGCCCUCGCCUAGCAGCUGCAACAGGACUCUAUGAGAUCUAUCAUCAAAUUAUCAAAGGUGGUACUUUUACUUGGCACAUCGAUCGCCUCCAUGAACAAUACGGCCCUGUUGUUCGUAUAACCCCCUUUGAGAUCCACAUUAAGGACCCGGACUACUAUAGUACUGUUUACGCGGGCCCAGGCAAACAUCGUAACAAGGAUCCUGAUUUCAGUUUUAUUGGGUUCCCUGGUGCGAUAUUCUCGACGGAUGGCUAUGAGCUUCAUCGUGCCCGGAGAAAGGUCAUGGGUCAGUUCUUCAAGAAGCACGCGAUCCAAGAAUUUGAACCGAUAAUACGCGCCAACGUGGAAGCACUUUGCCAAUACUUCUCUAUAUCGGCCGUGACCAUGAGACCAUUAGAGGUUCAUGCGCCAUUUUAUUCCUUUACAAGUGAUACUGUGUCUCAGCAUGCGUUCGGUCGCCAAGCUGGUCUUCACUCUCUCAACGAGUCGGAGCCAAGCUCAACUUGGAAGAUCCGACUGACUUCCAUGUUUUCGUUUUGUCUGAUAAAUAGGCACUUUCCGUUAUUGAAUCCACUUGCUCACAUGUUUCCCUCUCUGGCUGCAUGGGUUGUUCCGGCAUUCGGGUAUAUCCUUGACUUUGAAAGUGACGUCAGAAAAAUGGUUAGAGUCGCAAUUGAUAAUAACUGGCAAAUUCAACACAGCGACAAGGUUUUGGCACAAGCCAAAAUACCCCAAAUUGGUCCGGCGAGGUCUAUGUAUCCCAACAUUCUGGCAGACUCGGAGAUACCUCAGAGUGAGAAAGAACUGACACGUUUGGAAGAUGAUGCUAUUUUCCUGAUGAUGGCUGGCACGGAUGCACCUGCACAAGCUCUUGCAAUUACGCUGUUCCACAUACUUAAUAACCCCAAUGUCUAUGCAAGGCUUAAGGAGGAGCUUUUUACUAUUUCAGAUCCGGAUACGGUGUCCACCCUCGAACAAUUCCAGCGCCUCCCGUAUCUUACUGCAACCAUAAGAGAAGGUCUCCGUCUUUCGUCCGUCGUGACAACUCGUCUUCCUCGUUCAGCACCUGAUGAGAUUCUACAAUACCAAGACUGGCUGAUUCCAGCUGGAACAUAUGUGAGCAUGUCGACGUAUUUUAUCCUUCGAGACCCAAACCUAUUCCCGGAGCCUUUGAAAUUUCAGCCUGAACGUUGGCUUUUGAAUCCGGAUGAUUUGCGCAAACAAGAAAAGUAUCUUGUUCCCGCCUCGAAAGGGACACUCGGAUGCGUAGGACAAAAGUAUGACUUCAUUCAUGAUUUGAAACUCAAGUGGACCAUUAUGACUGACAAAAUCUAUCUUGAACUCUAUGAGACUACCGAGAGGAAUGUUGAAAUGAAGCGUGACAACUUUAUAGGACAGACAGGAGAUGGCUUGAACAACAUCCAGGUGAAAGUCUUGGAGGAAUACCGUUACUAG